CAGCCAAUUCGAUAGCACAACCCACACCUUUGUAAUACUGGUGUCUCCUAUAUAAACCGACCAAAAUCGUGGAUUUGCCCCGUUUCCAACGUUCAUCCUUCCCGUCGCCUUCUCUCCUCACAGAUUUCUCCCCCCAAAUUCGCCCCCUUCCCAGCCCCAUUUUCCAGCAGCCGGUGCUCCUUCGUUCGUCGCGAUUUGUUCUGCCGGCGGCGACGAGAGCACGGCGGCGCAGCAAGCCACAGCCUCACUGGUUGCUGGCACUGGACCGGCGCGGAUUGAUUUCUUCUUUCCUUGGAUAAGCAUUGAUCCUGGAUUUAGCUAUUUCUUAUGUGAUAAGUAGAUAAGCUGCAAUGAAGGAUUCUCAGGAUAUUCAGAGCACCACAGAGUUGCAGAUGUCACCCCAGGGUACUAAUGAAGUGCAAAGUAACCAACUAAACACAAUGGCCACUGAUGCACCUGCAGGAGAUCCCGGUUCUGUGGCAGUUGCUAACAAUGAUAAUAGAAAAGUCUCCCGUGAAGACAUUGAACUUGUCCAAAAUUUGAUAGAGCGCUGUCUGCAGCUGUACAUGACCAAAGGAGAGGUUGUUAGGACACUUUCUACUCGUGCUAGAAUAGAACCUGGCUUCACUACUUUAGUAUGGCAGAAACUUGAAGAAGAGAACUCUGAAUUCUUUCGCGCUUACUAUAUAAGAUUGAAAUUGAAAAGACAGAUUGUCUUGUUCAACCAUUUAUUGCAGCACCAGUAUAAUUUGAUGAAAUAUCCAGCACCUCCGAAUGUUCCGCUGGCUCCCAUGCAAAAUGGAAUGCAUCCUAUGCCAGUUAACAAUCUACCGAUGGGGUAUCCAGUACUUCAGCAACCUCUGAUGCCUGCUCCCGGCCAGCCUCACAUUGAUCCGAUGGUUUGUGGUCUAUCCAGUGGUCAUGUAGUGAAUGGGAUCCCUGCCCCAGGUGGUUAUCAUCCAAUGCGCAUGAACUCUGGAAAUGACAUGGUUGUGGACAACGGUGCACCUGAAGCUGCACAUGCUGGUGCUAUGUCAUCUGAUAUGGCUGUGAGUCCCUCAUCAGCAGCAUCAAGCCAUGCUCCUUUCACUCCAUCUGAGAUACCAGGGAUGGCCAUGGAUACAUCAGUCCUGGAUUCAGCGUUUGGAUCGGAGAUAGGGAACACAGGACCUCUGCAAUUAGGGGCAGAUGGGUCGUCAAGGGAUUCCAUCCGAUCCUUGGGGCAGCUCUGGAAUUUCAGCCUCUCUGAUCUUACAGCAGAUUUGACAAGUUUAGGAGACUUGGAGGCUCUUGAGAAUUACGCGGGUACCCCUUUCCUGCCCUCGGACUCGGAUCUCUUACUUGAUUCCCCAGACCAUGAUGACAUAGGCAACCAUGAUGACAUAGUUGAGUACUUCGCGGACGCCAUCAACGGGUCUCAGUCGGACGAAGAGAAGCCAUAGAGAACAGACUCAAAUAGUCCCAUUGAGAUUAGACCUGGCUAGAGUGUCUAUCUCAUUUAGUGUAAUCUUGGAGCCGCGCAUACCGCGGUAAUAUCAGACUGGGUGUUCGUCCAGAGAUGCGGUAAUUGCGCGUCACUAAAGAAUUUUGUAGUGGUCAAUGCUAGUUCUUUGGAAUAAUCAGCCUUCACCGCCGGGUAAAUUUGCUGUCUACAUGGCUGAAAAGCUUAGGAAAAAAAAACUGUGUCAAACCUCAGGAACAACCCUCUGUAAUUGCUGAACAAGUGGACAGACAGUUCAUCUGGUGUUGGAACAUUUCUUGUCUUCCAGGUCGUGGUGUGCGUCCAAUUUAA